AUGAGCGGAACUCUUGUCUGCACGGUAGGCAGCCCAAGGUACUCUUACGCGGAAGUGGCAGGGCCUGUGCGCGCCACCUUCUUCGUGAGUCACUACUGGGGCAUGCCCUUUGAGCACUCCGUCAAGAGCUUGUCGAAGCAUGCUCAGCUGGCAGAUCAGAGAGACUUCAAGCAGACGAGCUACUGGGUCUGCUCCUUUGCGAUCAACCAACAUUCCAUCGAAGAAGAGUUGGGGGGUGGCGACCUUUUUCAGUCGUCGUUCUACAUGGCGCUGGUGGAUCCCAGGACCCGAGCCACUGUCAUGUUACUGGACGACGAAGCUACGCCGCUGACGCGGGUGUGGUGCCUCUUUGAGGUGCUGCAGACAUUCAUCCUAUCGCACCAGCAGCCCGGAUUUCAGGGCCUUCUACUUUGCACUCCUUCUGGAGUGCUAAACCAAAGCAGCAAUGUCAGUGUUGACAUGGCCAUUACAGUGGCCCGACGCCUGACGCAUCUUCGGCUCGAGGAUGCCAAAGCAAGCAAGGCAGCAGACAAGCAGACCAUCGAUGACCUCGUCUCGAGCUACGAGGGUGGUCACGAGGCUCGCAAACUGCGAUCGGCAGGGUUACCGCUGAGCAAAGCUCAGACCUUACUGUUGGUUGGACACCACGCCACAGGUGUCCCCGAAAAGCGCAGCCUCCUGAGGGCACUUGGUAUGGGACGACCCAACCAGCGUGGACGCGAGCGAGGAUGGGAAAACCAAGGACAUGCCAACGCCUCCUACACCUUGUGGCGUGGUGCCUAUGCCUCGCCGAAGAGCAAGGCCGAGGCGGAUUGGAAGCAGGAUGCUUGGAAGGGAUGGGAUCAUCCCAGUACUGCAUUUCCGGCUUUCGAUGCGGGCCAUUAUGGAGCCAAGGGCCAGACGGCAGACAAGGAGGCCAAGAACGAGCCCUCUGCGGGCGACUACCUCAGCAUUUUCCAGAACAAGCUGAACCACGCCCGCAGAGCGGAGCAGAAGGUCCAAAGGCUGGAACAGGCACGCCUUCGCAUGGUCAAGCAAUGGAAUGCCUACGAGAAGUCGGCUAUGGAAUCGUUUGCCAAGGAGAAGCAACGAUACAGGCAGAAACUGAGCAAACUGCUCACGGAUCAACAAGAGGCGGAGAACCACCAAGAGUUGGCACGACAGGCCAUCCGAGCCCUACACCUUGCCGAUGCUGCAGGGUCCAAAGAUCAGUCAGAGCAGAUGCCUAUGCAGACAGAGCUUGUCGACGAGGACACACUCCGGCUCUUUUCGGAGUGUGGCGAACCACCGGCUGCCGACUGGAAUGGUGUGCUGGCCAGGGCGAUGCAACCGCCCCCAGCAGUGAUCACGCCAGUACGUCCCAGGACUGCACAGCCCAGGUCGCCUACUCAGGCCUCGCGUGGCGAGACGGCGGCAUGGCUGGCAGCUCACCCUGGCGGAGUUCAGGAAGCAACCCCUGCACCACUCCGUACGGAUCCGUACAUUGCGGCCGCGGCACCGUCCCCCCCGGCUCUUACGAGUGCAUGCGCCGGAGCUCCGCCUGGUCUCAGUCCUGCUCAGGCGCCGAAGCACCCAGGGCAGAGAGCUAUGGAAGAGCUUCGUGUACCCACAUCCGAGGCACCGCCCAGGCAGGGGAUCAAAGAGGCUACCAUGGCCGCCAAGACUCCUCAGGCCCCGCAAGCUGCCCAUCCUACUCUCUCCGAGCGGUUGCAGGACAAACGUCACAAGGCCUUUGCGGAGGCAAUGGGUGCUGGCAGAGCGAUGAUGCCCUUCGGGCUUGCACAUCUCCCCGCCAAUGGCGCACCGGUGCCUACCAUAGCGGGUUUCCUGGGCGACGAUUUCGAAGAAGACUCGGCCUACGAGCUGUCACCAGAGGAGAUUGCUACACUUACGAAGAGCAGGGCAGAACAAUCGGUCUUCCAUGUGAUGUGGAUGACCUUGUCGAUGCGGCCGAGCGCCGCCUUGGAGAGCUACGCCCUUCUUUCACUGACAGAGUCAUUCCAGUUAGAAGACGACGAGGCUGUGACCCUAGCCAAUGGGUGUGUGGUGACUUUUCUCCGUGGAGACCUCCACCCCAACCAUGCAACAGAUUUGCAGUAUAGGUACCUUUUCCGUGCGCAAGCCAGUCAGCUACCUGUUGAUGAAGCCGCGGCCAGAUUCGUUGGUGUAGCUAGAGAGGCCGUGGAAUUUCAUGCGCCACGAGGCGAUGGGUGUUCUCGCCUUCAACAUCAGUGCGUGGACACUCGAGGAGUCCCUGCUCUGGUUGACCCCAGCGCUCUUCCUCCUGAGGUUCCACAGUAUGUGAUUUUCUUGGACCUCAGACAAGUUGCUUCCACGAUCCACUUCCUGGUUCUGGAUAGGCCUUGGAUCCCCAAAACCGAUCUUCUUGCCCUGGCCGGUCGCCAACCACCGCCGGGUUGGCGCCUUCGUGUUCUAGGAGGCCGCAUGAGGCGAGGCCGCCUAGAGGUUCAGCAAGGUGCUACUUUAGUCUUUGGGUUUGAGUUUGUCGACAUGGUUUCUGACAGCUCAGAUGCACCUGAUGCAUCAACUUCUGAGGAUGACCACCAGGAAUCGGAUGAAGAAGGCGACACGGAUGCACAGGACACAACCACUGCCCCUGCCGAUUCGGACGGUGAGCACCUCUUUGCAGACGAUCCCAGAUUUGCACGCUCCACAUCCAGGACAUCUGCAGCUCUCACUGCCGGUGCUCUCACUGCCGCCCUGAGUGCGGCCUCACCCACUGGAGCUGACGGAGCACACUUCUCUGUGCCCCCAUUUGGCUACCGCCAGCUGUCUGUUCUUGGCUUUCAUGUGCAUGAUUUCGGAGAUGACUGGCCUCUGCCCACGGACGACGACUCGCCUACACUGUCGUCGGAUGAGCCUGAGUCUUCUGACAUCGUCUCCGAUACAGGGUCGGUCGCAUGGGCCACUAUCCUGAUCUAUACACCCCUGUACGCUCCGGAAUGGAUGACUCUGGCCUUACAUUUUCCGAGCACGUAUGGGGAAGCUGUUGCUGUUAUCCAGGCAGAACGGGACCCAGCACAGGCCAGGAGAUUCCCCUUUCUUACACCGGCCGACCCACAACCCAUUCCCGGAGCCGGUGUUUUCGUGGCGCUCGCACCCAUGGAGCAUGCACAAAAGACCAUAUUCCUGGAUGCCACACGUUGGGACGGGCGUCACUUCGCCACAUUGGCCCCGGACUACAUCAACCCUGUGGUGCUCAGACACCUGUGCGACUUGGCGCCUGGCUCUGAUGCAGCCUUCUUCGUAGGGCAUGAUGCUCAACCCCGUCCUGAAGAGGCUUCCAUCCAUGUUUCCAAUGGCUUGGUUGUGGUCGUUGCACAGGUGCAGGCGCCUCUUCCUGCUGCAGUUUCGAUUGACGUCAUGUUCAGACGUCCAAGCUUAUGGUCGCAGCACUUUGCGUUUCCGCCCGAUGACCGGGUGGUGUACUGUGUGGUCGAGGACCAGCAGAAUGUCCACUUCUCAUACCAGAAUGAGCGCCCCACCCAGUACAGGCACCAACUUGCAGCCGCACUUCGCAUCCCUUACGCGCAACUUGUGCUAUACCCAGCCAACCCUCGAGUGGAGGACGCCGUCCUUGAUGGCAUGCCCUGCCGUACUGUGGUUGCCGCUGCCCAGCUCCCUGCUACCGACAGACAUCCCCAGACCUUUCUGGUCCUUCUGGAUUGCAGGCCAUUCUAUGCAGGGUGGUGCUCCUUCCUUGUUAGGCAGGGCUUGCUCAAUGUUCGGGCUGUUGAGGUUGCUAUGUCCCGUGACCUCCCUGAUGGAUGGUCCCUCCGCUUACCGGAAGUACCACCUGGUGUGCUGCAUUACCAGGUUACUCCAGGACAGGUGAUCCAGGCUGAGGCUGCCCCGCCAGCAUUUCACUCUCCCACUGAUGCCGUUGAUGGUGCACCAGACGAUCCCCAGACCCAACCCGGCCCUGUUGAGCACCCAUCCUCCUCUGGAGAUGCUCCCCGCUCCGUCCCUCCCAUGGAUCACAGUGCCGUUGACCAUGCAGCAGGUUUGGGUGACGACACAGGUCCCACAGCUAAUGUCAGCGAUCUGGAGGACGAGUUCACUGACCUUCCUUUUCUGGUUCUUAUACCAGAAUAUCUGCCUGAAGUGGUCAGGGUUCGGGUCAGGCUACCGCAAACGGUCCAUGGUGUUCUGGCACGAGUUUCGGCUGCUAGGAUGCCUAAUGCCAAGAGACGGUUUCCGAGGUUGCUGCCGGUUCCUACGCAAACCUUUCCCGAGAGAGGGGUACUUAUGGCAGCGCCGGUCUGGGAUGUGCCUACUGUGCUGCUGUGUGUUGACUGUCGAGUGGAUAACAGGCUCUUUGCUGUCGCUGCACCACCGCUUUUCAGGUGGCGCGACGCGCUUCGCCUCGCUGGACUACCGGAUGAUGCCCCUGUGCACAUCUACUUCAAUGACACACCAUGGCCCAUAGGCGAUGACACAGUUCUUCAGCCUGCUCUGGCGGAUUUGGUGUUGAUUCUGCCAAUGAAUCACCGAAUCUUCCCCUCUACCAACCUAUCAGACAUGCUUCAGCAUAGUGCUGGGUGGAAUCAUAGAGCAGCUUAUCCAGGCAAUUUCCAGGAUACGGCAUGGAUUCUGGCCGACGAGCUUCAUUUCGGGUUUUUGGUUCGAAGAGGACGUCGACACUUGAUCCGACAGGAUCUCGCAGACCGCCUUGGGUGUGAGCCAACCCAGUUGCUUCUGCGUCCGGCGGCCCCAUGGGUAGCCAACCACAUGCACGACGGGUUCAUCACUAAGGCUGUGGUUGUUGCGAACAUCCUACCGCCAGGGAUCACAUACCACAUGCAACGUGAUCCUAUCGUCAUUCUGGACUUACGCCCCCUCCUGCUCGGGUUUAGUUGGGUCAGAGCCCCACGUCAUAGUCUUGAUCACCAGGACUUACUUGCUAGGUUCGGUCCCAGAUGCCCAUUAGGUUUCGAGAUUGCUUUCACGCACAGGGACUUUCGCACACUUCCCUUGCGUGGGCCGAUCGAUGUCCAGGAUGGAGAGGUUGUGGAGGUGGAGCUUUUGACCCACACGCAAGCGCGUGAAGCAUUCUUGCCGCCGUCACCUCCUAGACCUCCUCCGACCCUGCCCCAACGAGCACGCCGCCAUCCAAUCCACCCCAAUCACAGCCGCCCGCAACAGUGGAUGCAGGCACGGGUGGCACCAACCGUGAAGGUUUAA